UGUCGAGCUUUAGUGGUUAAUGUGUAAACUACAGCAGAGGGGAUGAAGAUGCCCACAGGAACGUUGGCCCCUGAUAAGCGAGCUGUGUUGCUGCUGAGUCACUGGACACGCGAGUCGACAAUUUCAGUCACUUGCUGUUGACUCUGGCCUUUAUCCGAAUGGUUUAAGGAGAGGUUUCCGAACGAGUCUGGGACCUCAGGUAAAAUCACUCUUCAAAAUGGACUGUAGUGGCAACCAGCUUCUCCAUGUGGACAUCCAAAUUGAUGAGCAGGAACCUCGUAGAGGAAUCCUGGACCUUCUGAGGAGACUGCGCCCUCACUGGAGGGCAGAGGACAUCCAGAUGAAGACAUUCACUGAGGGCAUCACCAACCAGCUGAUCGGCUGCUAUGUGGGCUCUCUCCAGGAGCCUGGGUGUGUUCUGGUGCGCCUGUACGGCAGGAUGACGGAGCUCUUCGUCGACCGGGAACAGGAGGUAGAGAUGUUCCAGGUCUUCCACGCCCACGGCUGUGGACCGGAGAUCUACUGCAGCUUCCAGAAUGGCAUCUGCUACGAGUUCAUCAGAGGAGCAGUGCUGGACGACGAGCUGCUCCAUCAGCCGUCCAUCUACAGAUUGAUCGCAGCAGAGAUGGGGAGAAUCCAUUCGAUCCAGCCAAAAUGUGGUCAGUCUGUUGAACCUCUGCUCUGGACAAAAAUGUCUCACUUUCUCACCCUGGUGAAGAGCAGCGUCGGUGGCAGCGCAGCCGAGCAGCAGUGCACAGGAAGGCGAGGCGUGCCCAGCUUCGAGACACUGUCGGCGGAAAUGGAGUCGCUGAAGAGACACCUCUCGCAGACUGACUCGCCGACUGUCCUCUGCCACAAUGACCUCCUGACAAAAAACAUCAUCUACAACCACAAAGAGGGAAUGGUGAAAUUCAUUGACUAUGAGUAUGCCGAUUACAACUACCAGGCCUUCGAUAUUGGCAAUCACUUCAAUGAAUUUGCUGGUGUGAACGAUGUUAACUACAGCCUCUACCCGAGCUGGGAGCUGCAGAGGGACUGGCUGACGGCCUAUCUGGAGAGCUACAAGCGCAGCACGGGGCGUGAGGUUACUGUUACAGAGGCAGAAGUUACACAGCUCUACGUUCAAGUCUGCAAAUUCUCACUCGCGUCUAACUUCUUCUGGGGUCUCUGGGCCAUCUUGCAAUCACGCUUCUCCUCUAUUGACUUUGACUUCCAAAGAUAUGCCAUGGCACGUCUCAACUACUAUUUUGAGAAGAAAGAGGAAUACUUUGGACUGACAAUGAGCUAGUCACUAGCUCUACUUCUCAAGAAGAGUUUUGAGUGAUGUGAUCCAUACGUCUCUUUUGCGUACUGCAAUGCUGCGUAAUCUGUUGUGGAAAAGGAAUGGCAGGGAAUAAGCUUAUAAAAGUGCUCACCAUUGUUUGUUAUUUCAGGCUGUAGUGUGAGUUAAUAUGUUUUGCUAUCGCUGUGAUUUUUAAAAUAUUUGUUUCACCGCAGUCAGUAUGCCGAUAAGCCUAUUUGGCAAAUUUAGAUGAAGCUCAUGCCAGAAACACAUUAAUUGUUCCCACAUUCAGCCAGCUCGCAUGAAGCCACAAAAACUGAGCCUGAUCAUAAAAGCCAUAAGAGGGUUAUUUGCAGACUUAUUCAGUGUGUGCCGCAGUUCUGAUGGAAAACAAGUUUCAUUUCAACUUAUUUACUGUACCGAGCAGGGGAUUAUUUUAAAUCAUUCUCUUUUCUUGCUGAA